GAAUAGGAAUAUUAUAGAAAACGAGAUGCCAACCAGGGAAUGACUCAGUGUGCCAGAGUACGUCAUGAGGGACGGAUGUUACGCUCCUCUCUCGCCUAAUAUAGUCUCUUCCGUCUGCCUGUUUCCAUCACAUCAUGGAAGUACUGGAAAAAGUUGCAGUAUCUGUUGCACUGUUGAUGGUGAUGAGCAUUGGCUGUCAUGCUGUACAUAAUGCUAAUCCCUGCCCUGCAAGUUUUGGAGGUCUGUGUAGCUGUGGAAUGGGAUAUUCCCCAUAUGAUGGAUUUAAAGAGAAGAAAUAUACUGUCAAUUGUACAAACACAGGUUUUACAAAUACUUCAAUGCUUCGUGAUUUGCCAGAGAAUUACCUGAAGAUAUUACAUCUUGAGCAAAAUGAGAUCUGGAGCAUUGGAGGCAAUUCAAAGGUGUUUUGUCAGCUUCAGGAGUUGGAACAGGUGCUGUUGGGUGACAACAGGCUUAUUGAUUUUGACUUCAGGAUUGAUUGUCUUCAUUCUUUAAUAUAUAUUGACUUGGAGCGCAACAUGAUUUCCAGGCUCUCUGACCAGGCCAUGGCUGAUCUGGAUGACUUUAUGAAGAGUAAGCCCAGACUUGAAAUCAAACUGGAUGACAAUCCUUUCGUUUGUGACUGCCGCUCAAAGAACUUCAUCAACUGGUUAAACACUACGUCUGUCAAAGUAAAAAAUUGGGAGAACUACAAAUGCGUUGAUGGAUAUCCUAAGUCUAACAUUGGAAAAAGGCUGAUUGAGGUACAUGAGUUGGGUUGUCCAGAAAGCAGCAGAAGAGCAAAGAGUGGCAGCAAAAGUAGUUUCCAUGAUGAUCACUUUGAAAAUGAUGGUCAUCAUCAUUACUUUGGGUAUUCAUCAGCUACUAUUGGUGCUAUGGCAUUUAUGUUAAUAUUCACAUCAUCAAUGUUGUUAGCUGUUGCAUAUUUUCACCGGCAAAAGAUUAAGGAGCUAGUCAUUCCUUACUGGGAUUUUGCUACCAGAAAGAUUGGAUAUGCUGGCAUUUCUAAUGAUGAAACUCCACAGGAAGUAAGUGUUUAAUAUGACUUAAUCACAAGAAUUUUCUUUCAAUUUAUGCAGGUAAUUAGAAGUCAUAUGGUGUGUUUAACCAUUUGUGUUCAGUGUAUUAAUUGGAAUUCAAAUCAGUGGUCUUGAAUUACCAGCCUGUCUUCUUAGCCCACUGCACCACAGAGAGGUAAUAAUGUUUUCAUCAACCUUAUGGUGAAAUGUUGAUUCCAGACCAUGGGUUUUAAUGCUGAUCACUUUAUUGAGUUUUUACAUUUGUUCAUUAAGAUUUAGCAGAAACUUUGUGUUCUUAGCUUUACUAAGAUUGUGUUGAUCACCUAUCUAAAUUUAACAGUUGGAGAAAGGGUGUUUAUAGUAAAUCAUAUUCUUUGAUGGUGGCAAAUUUCCAAAGAGGAGCAUUUUUAUGUACCUUAUCUUUGAUAUUAUAGAGAAAUGAUCCAAUUUAUUAAAAUGUUUAUGUCAUCAUAUAUUUAUUCUAUGCAAAAUUGCAAAAAAUAACAGUUCAUAUAUCAAAGCUUUUGAGAGAAGUUGGUGCCUUGUAUUCAGUUCAAACCACUGCCACUACUAUUACAGUUCUUGAACACAAAGUUCAGUCAGUAUUUAUAUUAUUUAACUCACCAUAAGCAUACAUAAGGGGGAUUACCAAUAGAUCCCUGGCUAUCUUCAAGAGGGAGCUGGACAGGCACCUAAAGUCAGUACCUGACUUUCCGGGCUGUGCCUCAUAUGUUGGAUUGUGUGCAGCAAGCAGUAACAGCCUGGUUAAUCAGGCCCUGAUUCACUGAGAGGGCUGGUCAUGGACCGGGCUGCAGGGGUGUCGACCCACGGAACACAUUCCGGGUACAGAAGUGUCAGAAGCAGGGGUUAGGGUGUCACAGUAAUGGUGGUACUAUAUUUUCAUGGUUCUAACAUUUUAAUAAUGACACUAUGUAAUUUAACAGUGCUUUACAUAAUAUUGUAGGUGAUAGUGAUGACUGAGUUAUGUAUGUGUGAAACAGUUAUAUUUGUGUUAUUGAAUGACUUUACUAGAGCAAUACUGCAAAGCACAAAUUUGCACUUUUCUAGAGUUUUAGACAUGAAAAUUAGGUAUGCUUAAUUUUGGUUAGUUUGAGGGUUUUUUUUGAUAUUGGGAAAAAAAUUGUGUGAGUUGUGAGACAAACAUUUAUUUGUGAGCCUAGAUGUUGGACACUUAACUGCUUACCUAACUUAUUAUAGAUCAAACAGUGUAAUGACUGUACAAUAGUUGCUGUGCAUGAUGGAGCUAUUUACAGUUUGUUCUCUUUUUAUUUCAUUUAAUAGUCCAUUAUUAAUUAACUGCAUUUUAUAGAGUUUCUCUCUUUUAUCAACGAAUAGUUAAACAGAGGGGAAAAUAAGAUAGAAUUUUUAUUAAUUUUGUUAUGGUAGUUAGUGGGAUUUAUAGUUCAGUUUAUAUUGUAUAUACUGUGAUAUGGUAGAGAAAUUUCUUUCUUUCAUAACUAAUUUAUGCUCAGUACUGUAAUGAAAAUUUAAAUUCUUUGUUAAAACUCGGUCUUUUUUUGUUCUUAUUUAGAAAAUUUUAUUGUUUAAAAUAUUCCCUUGCUUGGAAAAGUAGAAUUGGAGAGACUUUUAUAAUUUUGGAAUAUUUGCUGUUAUUUAUCAAAAAAUUAUAUUUUCAUACAAUAUUCUCCAUAUAAAAUUAUGGGAAACAUUUUUUGAAAAACUAAAUUAUUAUAGAUUUUUGCAAUUAAAAUUAAGAAUUUUCAUAGAAAUUGGGAUGUAUGUUUCACAGUUUUGGGGAUCAUUCAUAAGUAAAAAAUUUAUUUUCCAUGUUUGGGAGGAUUCCAUAUAUGGGUACUGUACUGUAUUCUGAAUGUGAGAACAAUUACCAUGGGGCAUUUUUGACAUUUACAAAACCAUACUUAACCCUUAAACUGUCCAAACGUAGAUCUACGUUCACUCGCGUGGCGCUCCAAAUAUUUUGAAAACUAAAAAAAAUUUUUUUUCUUUUAAAAUAAAGAGCACAUUUUUCUACAUGUUAUAGGAUUAAAAAAAAAAUUUAGGGUCAGUACUUACCAAGAUAUAAGACCGUGAAGUUGGCUCUGGAUUCUCACCUGUCGGCAACAUUGACUCCUACUUACAGAAAUAUUGCCGAUAUACCUUUUUUUUUUCGUUUUUAUUUUAAUUUAUAUAUUUUUAUGCUCUGAUAAUUACAAUUCAUAAUAGUUCUUGUAAUUUCAUAACCAGUCUUUGUUCUGACACUAAUAUUAGGUACUGAAAUAGUGCUUAAAUAGUCACAAUCACAGUGACAGGUGAAUAUUUACACCUGCCUGGGUUAUUUACUAUUGUCUAGAAAUAUAUACAAAGUAUUUAUAGGUCCCGGCAAUGUUUUAGAUACUCGGGCAUAUACCUUGAAGCAUGUUGCUAUGAAAGGCAUCCCUAUACUGUUGACAGCUCAGUGACAUUUGAUAAAUGCUCUCUGCUCCAGCUAACCCUCGCUGUAUUUGUUAUCACUGUUACACACAAACAUGUCUUGUCUCUGUCUAUUUAUCUGUCUGUCUAUCUGUCUAUCUAUCUGUCUGUCUAUCUGUUUGUCUGUCUGCCUGUCUAUCUAUCUGUAUCUGUCUCUCUGCCUGCCUGUCUAUCUGUCUCUGCUUAUCUGUCUUUCUGUCUGCCUGGAGUAUAUGUAUAUCACACUCCUUGAAGAAUUGUGUUAUGACAUCUCUUAUCAGCUUGGUGACAUUUGAUAAAUGGGUGCUCAGGGGAACCCUGGCUUUAUUUGUUUUCACUGAUACACACAAACAUGUUUCUGUUUAUCUGUCUGUCUCUCUGUCUAUCUGUCUAUCUGUCUGUUUACCCUUGCCUGGAAUUUUUGGAAUAUCCUAGGUAAUUUACACUAUGUAUAAUAACUGUACUUAUGUGUACAUGUGAGACAGAGAUAUAGAUAGACAGAUAUAUAGAUAGACAGAGAUAUAGAUAGACAGAGAUAUAUACAGAUAGAUAUAUAGACAGAUAGAGAUAUAGACAGAGAGACAGCCAGAGACAGCCAAAGCAAGCCAGCCGGCCAACCUGCCGAAUACGUAAGAACAUAAAAAAAAAAGAACACUGCAGCAGGCCUACUGGCUCAUGCAAGGCAGGUACAUGUCACCCUUUCCCCCUGGCUUAGACCAAUGACCCACCUAGUCAGGUUACAUCUACUGAAGUAAGGAGCAUGACAUUAGACCUAGUAGCACAAGCUAGUCAGGUCCAACUCACACCCACCCACAUUCACUCAUGUAUUUAUCUAACCUAUUUUUACUUUCUUCUUAAAAUAGGAGUGUUAAUGUGACAUGGCAUCAGUGAAUCCCUGGUGUUUCCCAUGCUAUAUGCUCUAGCUGGCGCUCAAUUGAACUGGUGCUCCCACAAGGUACUAAGUGCCCCCAGAUUUUUUUAAUAGUACGCACACUGAGUGCACAGACCCAUUCUUUCAUGUCUAGGUGACUUGAGCCUAUUGUGCCAAAUUUGAAGGAAUGAAAAAUAAAACGUUGAUCUACAUUUGGAGCGCUACGCGUGCAAAUGUAGAUCUACGUUUGGACAGUUUAACCCUUUGAGGGUUUUCGUCGUACUAGUACGUCUUAUGCGUAGGGGUUUUUGACGUACUAGUACUCAUAAAUUCUAGCGACCUCAAAUCUAGUGGGAGAAAGCUGGUAGGCCUUCAUAUGAAAGAAUGGGUCUAUGUGGUCAGUGUGCACAGUCUAAAAAAAAUCCUGCAGCACACGGUGCAUAAUGAGAAAAAAAAAACUUUUUCCAUUUUUUUUUAAUAAAUCAGUGACUUUGCAGUGUAUUUUCGUAUAGUAUUUAUUGUUGUAUUCUAGUUUUCUUGGUCUCAUUUUAUAGAAUGGAAGACAUAUUACUGAAAUUGAGAUGAUUUUGACUGGUUUUACAAUGAAAGGUGCCUUGAAAUUGAGCUCAAAGUAGCAGAAAUGUUCGAUUUUUACCAAACUUCAAAAGUAAACAAAUCGUGCCAAGCGUGCAAUACACGUCAACUGGUGAGUCUAAUAUUCUUUCACAAGUGCACCAAUAAUAUUUAUACCAUUUUUUACACUAAUGCAGUAGUCUGCAUAACAGUAAAUCUUAUAUUUUUUGUGAGAAUAAAAAUUCAAAGUGGAAAGCAAAAGAAUAUAAGAGGGGCCUUGAGACGUGACUAAUGACUAGAGGAAAUGUCAUUUUAGUGCCAGGAAUGUCUUUCUUGUUUAUUCUGGACCCUAUUCCGAAAUUGGCAUCUUUUGAAAUUUGUGUGAAAUUGGCAAAAUUGCUAAAUUCUGACCACUGUACUGGAUAGUUGAAUUUAUAAAUGGGUGGUUUCUUGCACCCAUUCGAUAGAAAAAAUGGAGUUCUAGCGAAAUAUUCAUGUUUUUUGUCGACUAGUACAGUGAAAUUGGCCGAAAAUGGGGCUCAAAGUGGGCAAAAUCGCCGAUCCGUAAACAUCGCCGAGACCGCUAACUUUGCGAGAGCAUAAUUCCGUAAGUUUUCUAUCAAAUUUCAAACUUUUGGUGUCGUUAUGAUCGGGAAAAGAUUCUCUAUCUUUUCAUAAGAGAAAAUAAUUUUUUUUUUUUUUUAAAUUUGGCCGACCCUGAGAACGAGUUUCGGAGAGGGCCUGUCGACCCUCAAAGGGUUAAGGGUUAAAAAAAAAAAUCGAUAGGAUACAUGCUUAUGGUUGUGUUUCAUAGUUUUAAAGUAUAAUUAAACUAAGUACAUUUAUAUUUUUCACCAAACCUUACAACGGAGCUUGUACGGUAUGUGGAUACUGGUGAAGUAUUUUUGAUCUGAGAAAUUGGAUUAUUAUUAUUAUAAUCAUAAACAAUCACCCUGCUUCAGUGGGAAAUGGCCGACGUGUUUAAAAAAAAAAAAAAAAAAAGCACUGAUCCCAUAAGGGUCAUCUGAGAAAGUGGAGGUUACCUCACCUUCCUCGGGACAACCCUGAUUGUUUUCCAUUCUGCAGGUGCUGUAUGACCCCUUUGGUUUUAGCGAUUUCCAGUGAAAAUACGUAAUAGUAACAAUAAUACAGUACUAUACUACUACUAAUAAUAACAAUAAUGAAAUAUAUUUUUUGUAUAGCAAAUUAUAGUACUGUGCUUCUUGACACUUAUUUGUUUUAAAAUAUAAUACAGUGUAUAUUACAUUUAUUGUAAUUUACACAGCACUGUAUGUUCACUCUUCCAAUAUUUGUUUUAUGAACAAUUAUAAAAUUUCCACCUUGCCUACAACUAAAGUUUCACUUAUAUGAAGAGGAAUUUUGUGAGGGUAUAGGUGUGCUAACUAAUUAUACUUUGUUAUAGUACUAAUGGUAAUUUUUUUUGUAAAAAAAUUAAAUGUGAAAAAUACUAAUCUUAUUUUUUGAGUAUCACCACUUAGAUUUGUGGAGAUUUUGAAUUGUCUCCUACAUUGGCCUGUAACUGAGGAGCAAAAAAAUACAGAGUUUUACUAUUUUCCCUGAAUCUUUAAUUCUGGAAUUAUCAUAAUAAUACUUGAAUCUUUAAUUCUGGAAUUAUCAUAAUAAUACCUGAAUCUUUAAUUCUGGAAUUAUCGUAAUAAUACCUGAAUCUUUAAUUCUGGAAUUAUCAUAAUAAUGCCUGAAUCUUUGAUUCUGGAAUUAUAAUAAUAGUCUAAAUUUACCAGUCAUGCUAUAAAUGAAAAUGUAUGUCUGGCUGGAAAUAAAAAGAUAGUGGAGGUGGCCUUUUAAAGGAAAUGCCUUGAUGCUGGUGAAGAAUUCUUGAUCUGGUUGCUAGAAUUAGGCUUUCACUUCAUUGUGCAUCAGUCUGUUCUACUAACUUGCAACUUUGGGUAUUGCAUUAUAUUAACUUUAGACAGGUUUUAUAGACAGAAAAUCCCUAUAAAACCAAUAUUCAGACUUCACUGUCACUGUUGCAUUUUUUUUUUAAGAACUGGAGUUAUAUUAAAAAAAAACUGAAAGCAUUAGUCUAGUAGCCUAGUUUAGUAGCUUUAUUAUGCAUCUAUAUACUCAUCUUGUGAGUGGUAGUCAAAUAUUAUAAAGGCAUAUAAUGGGCCUAUGGACUGGGCUUCAAAGGUAACUAGCCUUGAUUGAGAGGUAACUAGCCUUGAAUGGGAAGUAACUAACCUUAGCUAUCAAAGUUUUGAUAGCUAAGUAAUUUACAGUGAUAGUGAACUAUUCACAAAUUAAUGAUCUGGUAACAAUUGUAAUGAGUUGUUUAUACAGACAUGAAUUAAAUUACUGUAACUUA